AUGGAAAACUACCAAAAAAUCGAGAAGGUUGGCGAGGGCACCUAUGGUGUAGUGUAUAAAGCCCGAGAUAUGACGCCAGGCGCGAAUGGCCGCAUCGUGGCACUGAAAAAGAUUCGACUCGAGGCAGAAGACGAAGGCGUGCCAUCGACUGCUAUUCGUGAGAUCAGUUUAUUGAAGGAGCUGCGCGACGAGAAUAUCGUGCGUCUAUACGAAAUUAUACACCAAGAGUCGCGCUUGUACUUGGUCUUUGAGUUCCUAGACCUCGACUUGAAAAAAUACAUGGACAAUGUGGCGAGCCAACCUGAGGGUCUGGGACCAGAUAUCGUUAUGAAGUUCACGUACCAGCUUGUUCGCGGUAUUUACUUCUGUCAUGCACACCGUAUACUGCACAGAGAUCUCAAGCCACAAAACCUCCUCAUCGACAAGGAAGGCAACCUGAAGCUCGCAGACUUUGGUCUAGCGCGUGCCUUUGGUAUCCCUCUGCGAACAUACACACAUGAAGUUGUUACGCUAUGGUAUCGCGCACCUGAAGUGCUGCUUGGCUCUCGCCAUUACAACACGGCCAUCGACAUGUGGUCGGUCGGCUGUAUUUUCGCUGAGAUGGCCAUGCGGACACCGCUCUUCCCUGGUGACUCAGAGAUUGAUGAAAUCUUCCGUAUCUUCCGUAUUCUCGGCACACCGAACGACGACACCUGGCCAGGCGUUCAGUCGCUUCCUGACUACAAGACUACGUUCCCUCAAUGGAGUGGCGUACCACUCAAGCAAGCCGUUCCUUCGCUCAAUGAUGCAGGUAUUGAUCUUCUAGGCCUCAUGCUCAUUUACGAUCCUGCGGCCCGGAUAAGCGCGAAGCGCGCACUGCACCAUCCCUACUUUGCUAGCGUCACGGCCAACUAA